AGUGCGAAAUACAUGGUGACACAAAGCUCACGUCGACGGCAUAAUUUUGACGUGGACGUCAAUACAACAAUGGCGGAUGCUGUGGAGGAAGUUCUUCAGGGCAGCUGGGACCAGGAUCUGGCCGAGGCCCUGGACUCCGGGGGGUCUGACACAGAGAUGGAGAGGGCCGUCAUUCAGGUUCAGGAGCCGGCUGAACCGAAGGCCAAGCUCUGGAAGAUCACCCUGAACGUGGCCGGCAAGGGAGACAGCCUGUCUUCCUGGGACGGUCUCCUGGAUCUCCCGGAGCAGACGCUCAUUCACAACCGCAGCCAGCAGCUUAUCCAGCAGCUGGGCGUGUCCGAGGAGGAGGGAAGCGCCAUGGUGUCGGACGUCGAGUCGGUCAUUACGUUCUACUGCAAGUCCAGGAACAUUGCGUUCACCCCCGACCUGGCCUGGCCUCACCUGCUCAAGCCUCUGCUGGGCCUCCAGCUGACCCGCAGCGAGCUCUACAACUGCUUCUACGCCAUCAUGAACAAGUACAUCCCCCGGGACUGCGUGUCGAAGGGCCGUCCAUUCCACCUGUACAGGCUGCUGCUGCAGUACCACGAGCCAGAGCUCUGCUCCUUCCUGGACACCAAGAAGGUCACCCCAGACUCGUACGCCAUCGACUGGCUGGGCAGUCUGUUUGCCAGUCACUGCCCUCCCGAGGUCACCCAGGCCAUCUGGGACAUCUACCUCCAUCAGGCCGACCCCUUCCUCAUCUUCUUCCUCAUGCUCAUCAUCCUCGUCAACGCCAAAGAUAACGUCCUCGGACAGGAAGCCGACAGCAAGGCCGACAUCACCAACAUGUUGCUGGAGUCUCCCGCUCUUCUGGAAGUUGAGGACAUUGAAGACCUCUUCUCCCUGGCCCAGUACUAUUACAGCAAGACCCCUCUGUCCCUCCGAAAGGAGAACCAGAACCUGUUCGGCAGCAGUUUGGUGGCUCUGAAGGAGGAGGACAUGGACCUCAGUCAGGCGCUCUGCCUCCCCGUGUCUGUACCCGAGAUCCUGCAGGCCAACCACCUGCAGCAGCAGGACGGAGUGCGCUUCUUUGUGGUCGACUGUCGGCCCGCGGAGCAGUACAAUGCAGGACAUCUCUCCACAGCCUUCCAUCUGGACUCAGACCUGAUGCUUCAGAACCCGUCAGAGUUCGCCCUGUCGGUCAAGUCCCUGCUGGAGGCCCAGAAGCAGUCUCUGGAGUCUGGCUCGGUGGCCAGCGGAGAGCACCUGUGCUUCAUGGGCAGCGGGAGGGAGGAGGAGGACAUGUACAUGAACAUGGUGCUGGCCCACUUCCUGCAGAAAAACAAGGAGUACGUCAGCAUCGCAAAAGGCGGCUUCAUGGCCCUCCAGCAGCACCUGGCGGAUAUGAACGUGGAUGGACUUGACAGCUCGUACGUCCACUGGAUAGUCAGUACGUCCGGCUCCCACAGUAGUCUGAGCUCAGCCGAUGGGGAGUCUUUUGGGAGCGCAGGGGAGGGCAAAGGGGUCAAGUCCCUGGUAAACAAGAUGACCUUUGCCCUCAAGUCCAAGUCUGUGAACGUGAAGGAGAAGAUGAUCAGCUUCAUAGAGAACACUUCCACACCCGUGGACAGAAUAUCUUUCACUCUGCCCUGGCCAGAGAAGGGGAUACUAGAUCGGCACGUGAGCAGCAGCGACCGGGUGGGGAAGCCGUACAGGGGGGUAAAGCCUGUCUUCAGCAUCGGAGACGAGGAGGAGUAUGACACAGACGAGAUCGAUAGCUCGUCCAUUUCGGACGACGACAGGAAGGAGAUCGUCAACAUCCAGACGUGGAUCAACAAGCCGGACGUGAAGCACCACAUUCCCUGCAACGAGGUCAAGGAGACGGGUCACAUGUUCCCCAGUCACCUGCUGGUAACAGCCACCCACAUGUACAGCCUGAGGGAGAUCGCCUCACGGAAGGGCUUCGCCUACAUCCAGUCGAGGCAGCCGCUCAACUCCGUGGUGAAGAUCACCUCCAAGAAGAAGCACCCGGAACUCAUCACCUUUAAGUUUGGCAGCAACAACACGGCCGGUGUGGAGAUCUCUGCGGUUGAGAGGUAUCUCAUUCCAAACGCAGGCGACGCCACCAAGGCCAUCAAGCAGCAGAUCAUGAAAGUUCUUGAUGCCCUCGAGAGUUCCUAAGCAGAGAGAGGCUAUGGGGGCAUCACCCGGAUAUCCAGACGGAGACCUGCUGUAAAGGGGUGUGUGUGUGUGUGUCAGCUGAAGGCAGGAUGUGCCCCCUAAGCCCCCCCCCCCGAGGCCUCUCCUCUCGGGACGCCUCCCAGCUACAGUGACAGUUCACCUGUCCCUCCUCUGGGGGCCAGGGAACAUGGAGGUCAACGGCUGACCUGAGGAAACGUUGGACUGUGCUUAUUGAGAAACUGUGGUGCUCCCCGUCACUAUUCUCCUCAUACUAAUUAAAAUAGGUUUUCUUUACAUUUUCUUUAUUUGUGGGGAGGGAAAUAACUGUCAAAAGGUGGGUGAUGAUUGCAUUACAGGGUUCUGUCUAGCCUUAAAUCGAGCCCCCAUAAUCUUCCAGUGUCACACGUGCAGAAAGUGUAGGAUGACAGGUCCUUUGACAUUGGGCCACCGAAGGCCAGUAACUGUUUCCUUGUUUAUCAUAGGACUUAAAGAUGUCACAACUGUCCACAUGGAAACAGUCAUUAGAAAUGUAAGCAGUGUUUGGAUCAGGAGACCAGUAUUGUUGCUUAAGUCCAUUAACAGUUUUCAAGUCAAGGAUCCAAAAUGGAUUGGUGUUUUCCCAUUGUCUUGGUUUGUUAGAUUCCAGCUUUGAAAAUAAGUGAUUCACAUAAAUUAUUUGUUAAAGAAAUGGAGUGCUAAGGAGUUAUUAGAUUAG